AUGAAGCCGAAGGUAUUCUGGCCCAGAAAGCCAGAAUCGUUCUACUCUGCGUCCAAAUCGCUGGCCGAUACUGCGGCGUCGUCGCCGCCCGCUCACAAUGCGAUCCUCCAUUCAUCAGCUGCGCAGAAGAAGGCACCUCUCGCCAACUUACCGACAAAGACACUGCUACGGUCUUUAUUCCUGACGUCAGCAAUGGCGUCGCCGCUUUUGAAACCAUCCAUCGCGGUGUUGAAAUAUGUGGUGGAGUCUAAGUCGCCGCUGCUUAGUCCCUCUAAGAACCCUAUCAUGAACUACAUCCUCCGCGCAACCAUCUAUAACCACUUCUGCGCGGGUGUCAAUGAGACAGAAGUCCGUAAAACGGUCCAGGACAUGAAAAAUCUCGGCUUCAAGGGCGUCAUCCUCGGAUAUGCCCGGGAGUCCGUCGCAAAGAUCGAUGCAGCCGGCUCCCACGUGGAAGAAUGGAAGGAUGCACAGGCCAUGGAAGACCGUGCCGUGGACGAAUGGAAAGAGGGUAAUUUACGGACACUGAGAAUGGUCGGCAAAGGAGAUUACAUGAAUAUCAAAUUCACCGGCGCCGGCCCUGCAGCCGUUGAAGCUCUCGCCCGCGGUGAUCUCGUCCCACCACCACGCAUCAAGCAAGCUAUUACAGAAAUCUGCGAAGCAACUGCAGCCCAGGGUUCCCGGUUCUGGAUCGAUGCCGAGCAACAAAUCUUCCAACCAGCCAUUGAUGCCUGGACAAUCGAUCUCAUGAGACAAUUCAACCGCGACGGCAGGGUAGUCGUGAUCAACACCGUCCAGGCAUAUUUGAAAUCGUCCGCCGAAAACAUCCAUCGCCAUCUUACUCUCGCCGGAAAGGAAGGUUGGGCGCUAGGAAUCAAGCUAGUCCGGGGCGCGUACAUCCAACAUGAUAUCCGGGAGAGGAUUCACGAUACCAAAGCUGACACAGAUCGGAAUUACAACCACAUUGUAGAGAGUCUGCUCUCGCGGCAAUCCCCGUUCCAAGAAUUACAGGACACGAAGUUCCCGGAUGCUAGGCUUUUCGUCGCAACACAUAAUGCAGAGAGCGUCCGGAGGGCAUACUCAAUUUCGAGACAUCGAAUUCUCAACGGUUUACCUACGAUACCCCUGGAGAUGGGCCAAUUGCAGGGUAUGGCGGAUGAGGUGAGCUGCGGAUUAUUGGCCGAGUAUCGACCGGAGUCCGACAAGCCACUGAGCGGGAAAAGCCCCGUGGAGGCAUCUGUGUUCCCCAAGGUCUUCAAGUGUCUGGCAUGGGGGACUACCGAGGAGUGUCUUCAUUUCUUGUUGCGUCGGGCAGUUGAGAAUCAGGGGGCCGUGGUGAGAACACAGGAUACGGCGGCGGCGAUGAGGAGGGAAGCGUGGCGACGGAUAGGAUUAAGAUGGUGA